AGGGUCAAUUCUCUUUACGUUGGAGAGAAAUUGAGAUUCGAGAUCAGCACUUUGUGAGAGUGUGUUUGUGCUUCAGACCAUGGCUACAGCGAGGACCGUGAAGGAUGUUUCGCCUCACGAAUUCGUGAAGGCUUAUUCCUCUCACCUCAAGCGUUCUGGAAAGAUGGAGCUUCCUGAGUGGACAGAUAUUGUAAAAACUGCAAAAUUUAAGGAAUUGGCUCCGUAUGAUCCUGACUGGUAUUAUAUUCGAUCUGCCUCCAUGGCAAGAAAGAUCUAUUUGAGAGGUGGUCUUGGUGUUGGUGCUUUUAGGAGGAUCUAUGGUGGAAGCAAGAGAAAUGGAAGCCGUCCACCACAUUUCUGCAAGAGCAGUGGUGCUAUUGCCCGACACAUACUGCAACAGUUGCAAAGCAUGAACAUUAUUGAGAUGGAUACAAAAGGAGGUAGGAGAAUCACUUCUAGUGGUCGAAGGGAUCUUGACCAAGUUGCUGGGAGAAUUGUGGUUGCUUCUUGAUUUACAUGUUGUUGAGAACUGAUUAUGCAUUGCAUGUCUUAUUGAACAGCCCAGUUUGCUGAGCUUAUUACAAUUUGUAUUUGUAUUUUUUUGUUUAAGUUUAUCCUUUAAUCUAGUUUGGAGUUUUGUUCA